AUGGUUGAGCUCUCUGUUGGCGAAGUCUCGGGUCUCAUCGCGGCAGGUGUUUUUGUUUUGCAAAUUCUCCUCGCCCUCAUCUUCCCCGUCGCGCUGGUCGGCUUCGUCGGCGAAGAAAACACCGCGGUCACCUGGUCCGUUCUUGGACGCUCGCUCCAGUCCUCGCCUUGGCCAACGCUCCUCCAAACCGACGCGGCAGCAAGUCAUGGUGUCCGACGGCGCGUCACUCACAGCUUGACCUUCCAGACGGUCAUUGUCUACUUGGUUUCCCUCGCCGCAAUUGUCACACCUCUUGGUCUGUACCAAACAGUGGAACCCGAGAACCCCUACCCCGAGGCUUUUCGGUUCGUGAAAGACGAGUCUCCAUUUGGGUACGGCACGCCCCCGCGGCUCGAGGGGCCUUUUGCGCGUAACUGUGGGAACGAUCCGUGUCCCGGGUCCUGGAAGAAUGUGACAUGCGUGCAGCAAGGGCUACUACAGAACUGUACCGGUGCUGUGUUUGGCCGAGCCAUCCCGCGGCCGUGGACGACGACGUUGCGAGAUGGUGCGAACCGGGUGGCCCAGUCGGUGUCCAGCAUUUUUGACAUCCAAUGGCGUAGUCAGAUGAAUGCAUCGGACGGCUUGGGUGAGUCUGGGUGGUUUUUAAAGUCCGGAUAUCGGCAGAUUGGGAUGUUGAUCCUCGAACCGACCAUCCAGCUGGUGGACGGUUUGGUGGUGGACGCCCAAAGUGGCGGGAUUGGGUUCCGCAAUCAUACCGCACCCGUCCCUGUUCAUGAGGAUGGGAGCACGUGGGAAGAGGAUAUCCUGUUCAUCGAGCCCGAGGCGCAAUGCGUCGACUUGAACGUCACCUUUGACUUCAAGCUUUCGUCGAACACGGACAACAAGCUUGUUGUGACCUCGUACGCCUUUGUUGAUAGAGGCGGGCUCUCUGCCUUGCCUCGGAUGAGUCCGAACUUGUCGAUUUCUGCGUUUGGUAACGGUCAGGGAGCGCUGGAUCUCCGCGAACGGGCGUACAAGGCGGCUUGGGCCAACAAUUUCCUGACACUCGCGUACUUGAACCGGACAGACCCGGACCCGACGAACAUUACGAGGUGGGACGUGACGCCGGGGAUGAAGUUUUACAGCACCGAGAUGGUCGAGGACGCUAGUAAGAUUAACGGGAUGAGUCCCGCGGGCGACUUUGUAAUUGACCACCUUGCUAUCCGGUCGACGAUGGACUACGGCGAGUAUCUCAGCUUCUCAACAGCCGCAGCGAGCAACAAGUUGAACUCAACAAACCCGUUUGGUAUUUCAAGGGCACAUUUCGACCUUGUCUCUGAGAUCUGUGCCGGAGGCGACGGCGCCAACUUCCCAAACAUCAACAGCAGCCUCAUCGCCUGCGGCCUCCAAUACGGCACAGCCAGGCGCACCGACGGCGGCUCCGAGGUCAGCCCGCAGCCCGGCUCCGCCUGGACGCUCCCUGUGUACAGCUGCGCCGCCUCUGUCCGCGCGACCAUCCGCACCGUCACCUUCCGGUAUAACGGCACCGGACUCGCCGCACUGAACGCCACAUCAGCCCCGGCCAAAUCGUACCCCUCCCUAGCCGACCAACCACUCUGGGCCGUAGAAUCGAUUCCCUUCCCCGCGAAAAUCAGCAAUGUCCAACCGCUUUGGGGUAUCCUCGGCCUCGGCGCGAAUACGACAACCUCUACCGCCGUCCCGCCUUCCCUAGCUGCAAAUCUCACCGCCUACCGCGGCCCGUUCCUAAAUCUCCCAGGGAUCUUGACUUCCACAUUAUCUCCAUUACACAGCUAUGACUACGUCGAUCCGGUCGCGGGGCAGAACCUACCCGGCGUCGACUUUUACGUGCAAGCGCUGAUAAACGCUUUCAACAUCAUCCGGCCGGGCUCGGCCGGGUAUGCGCAGUACGCGGAUUACUCUGGGCUUACGUCGUUGGCGUUGGUUACCAAGUGGCGGGCGUUGCUGGGUGCGGGGGGCGGGAACUCUGGGAGGGUGGAGGAUGGAGGUGCCGCGACGGCUGGGAAGGUGCUGCAGUUGGUGUGGACGGAUAUUGCAGCGAAUGCGGUGGUUGGGACGAAGGGGUGGGGGUUGCGAGGAGGGGAAGAUCAAGGAGGUGAAGGGGGAAAUGGUGUGAAAAGACGGGAUGAUAGCGGGAAGACGGGUGGGGCCAACGAGGCCCGGGUACUUGUCACGGCGUAUAAGCGUCGCGUGCGGUAUCACCUCCUCUACAUGAUCCCGGCCAUCCUGGUCCUAGUCCUGUCUAUCAUCGUCCUCAUCGCCUGGAUCGUUCUAUUGCUUCUCGGUCGGACCGGCCUCGCCAAGAUGCGGCGGCUGCUGGACGCCACUUCGCCUGGGAGGAUCCUAGGCGGGUUCCUGUGGCCCGGGCAUGGGGCUACGCUGAGGGAGACGAACGAGUGGGUGAAACAUGUCGGGACAAAAGUGGUAGUCGUGGGGCGCGGGCCAGGAGAGUCGCUGGCUGUGGCGGAUCAGGAAGCAUGGCGGGAUGAGCAUCAGUUGAUGGGGGGUAGGCAGGGAGCUGUAGGGGAGGAGACGAUCGAGUUGGUGCCGAAGGGGGAUGAUAAGCCUGGGGGUGCGGUUUGGUAG